AGGAGCUUUCCUGCUUAAAUCCAACAGUCGUCCGCCCUCCUUGCUCUCUCUGCUUCCGGGUAGAAAGGCGCAGGUGUUGCGGUGUAGCUCUCAUCACACCUCAAGCUUGUCUGCCGUCGACAUGGCGAGUGUUCGUACUUCAUCCAGCAGGCCUUACCACCUCGUCGUCUUCGGAGCCUCGGGCUUCACAGGGCAGUUCGUGGUGGAAGAGGUGGCCCGGACCGCGUCGGAGGCUCCGCGAGGGAAUCUCAAGUGGGCUGUGGCCGGGAGGAGUAAGCAGAAGUUGGAGCAAGUUCUGGAGCAGGCCGCCUCGGUUCUCGGGAAGCCCGAACUGAGGACCGGAGUGGACAUAAUUGUCGCAGAUGUGGAAGAACCCGACUCGCUGGCGGCCAUGUGCAAGCAGGCUGUCAUUGUUCUCAACUGUGUGGGGCCUUACAGGUUUUUUGGUGAACCCGUUGUCAAAGCCUGUGUGGAGAAUGGAGCCCAUCAUCUUGACAUCUCUGGAGAACCUCAGUUCCUGGAAGGCAUGCAACUCAACUACCACAACCAGGCAUCUGAUAAAGGCGUGUACAUCAUAGGGAGCUGUGGAUUUGACUCUAUUCCUGCAGACAUGGGGGUCCUGUACACCAGAGAACAGUUUAAGGGGACUCUUACUGCAGUGGAGAGCUUCCUGACCGUCAAGGCUGGCCCUGAGGGAGGAUGCAUCCAUGAUGGCACGUGGCAGUCGGCCAUCUACGGAUUCGCAGACAGCCACAAGCUUCAAAGUCUUCGGAGGAAGUUUAAUUACAAACCUUUGCCCUCUGUGGGCACCAAGCUGAAACGCAGGGGUUCGCUGUUCUUCAGCAAUGAGAUCCAGCAGUACUCGAUGCCCUUCAUGGGUUCUGAUCCAUCUGUUAUUAAGAGAACACAGCGCUUCCUGGUGGAGGAACAUCAGGCCAGUCCGGUCCAAUAUGGCGCGUAUGCGGGCAUCGGUGGUAUUGGCAAUGUCAUCAAAUUGGUGUUUGCUGGCAUGUUGUUCUGGCUCUUGGUCAAAUUCAGUUUUGGACGUGACCUGCUCGCCAAGAAUCCAGAGUUUUUCUCUUUUGGACUCUUCUCUAAGGCUGGGCCAACUCGGAAACAGAUGGAAGCAUCGUCAUUCCGAUUUGUCCUUUAUGGAGAGGGAUACACAGAGGGACUUGACCCCUCCCAGGGAAAACCUAAUGGCAAGAUUUGUACAUUGGUUCAAGGACCAGAAUGUGGUUAUGUGGCCACACCCAUUGCUAUGGUGCAAGCUGCUCUCACCAUCCUUAAUGAAGCCUCAGACUUGCCCAAGAGCGGAGGAGUGUACACACCAGGAGCUGCCUUUGCAAAAACCACCCUGAUUGAGCGUCUCAACAAACAUGGCAUCAAGUUCUCUGUCAUCUAAGGUUCCUGGUGUGAUGCUGGACUUUAGGUUUUAGUUGAAGCACUAAAUGAAUAACACCUGGAAUGUGUCCAACUUUAAAAAGUUCAUGUAUAAUUGAUUAUAUUAGAUUAAUAUAACGACCUCUGUCUAAUAAUCCUCUUUGCACUUGCAGUACCUUUCUGCAGAAUAUAUCACUACUAAGUGGCUGCUCACAUGACCAUGUAACAGCACAGUAAUAAAAAUACAAUCCAGGUUUUGGUACUCAUGCAAUCAUAAUUACAUUUAGUGUUAAAUAUACAGCAGCCUGCUAAGCACCAUAUAAGUAACAAUGGCAAGGCAGUACAGUGUUUGCUAUAGCAGCCUCAUGUAUGUGCGUCUGUAUGCAUGUACCAAACCUGCUUUUUAAGGCAUGUUUUGAUGGUUUUUGGGCUCCAAUAAUUAGAAUAUCACCUACUUUAUUGCAGCACUUAGAACUCCACAUCGAAAAACUCUUUUGUACCAGUUUUAUUACUCGUGUUGACUGGAAUUAUAUGAAACACAAGCCAUUAGUCCAGACUUGUUUCUGACAUUCGAGUAUGAGCGUGAUGUGCAAAUAGAAAUGGUUUGCUGCAUUUGUUUUUGUGUGAGCCUUCUAAAUAAAGCCAGCUACUGCAUAAA